AUGAAAUUAAUUGGUUCAAAAAAGUUUUUCUCAAUUGGAAAAUUAUUUAAAAGAUCUUCUUCUAAGGUUCGUCCUGAAGAUAAAUCAAUGCAUGAAGAAACAUCAAUCCAAGCAACAUCAAUUCUUGAAGAGAAUAUUGAUAUAAAUCUCAGUAGUCCAACACAAGAAGAAGCAUCCAUCAAACAAAUAUUAAUCACUGAAACAACUUCAGUUACUGAAGAGAAAAGUGUCGUAAAUAGUAUUAAUAUGACACAAAAAGAAUCAUCAAUCAAACCUAAAUUAAUUAUUGAUGCUAAAUCUGUGUUAAAAAGCUUUGAAGAUUUAACAUUAUCAAAUAUCAAUUUCACGGAAGUGAAAAGCAUUUUAAAGAAUAUUAAUACAACACAAAAUGAACGAUCUUGUGAAUUAACAUCAAUUUCCGAUACAACUUUGAAAUUUUCAAGCUCUGAUUAUAAUGAAGAGGAAAGGAUAAAUGAUAUCAAUAAGAUACUUGGCGAAAUGCAAGAUUAUGUUGAAAAAACCAAAAAACAUCAAGAGCGAUCACGACAAAUCUACUAUUAUAGUAAGGAAUGGAAAUCGGAAAAAAAAUAUCAAUGA